AUGCUUUCACCACAAAAGAAAAAAUUUUUCGCAUUUUUUGGUUCCCCGCCAAAAUCCUCUGCCACCACCUUUACAACUACAACUGUAAUAAGUACUUCACCAAUGUCUUCACCAAAUAUAUCUUCGUCGAUAUUAGCAAGUUAUUUUCCAGAAAGCACCAACUUUAGCAGCGAAAACAAUAACAUUUCUAGCAUUCUUGGUAGUAAUAUUGGCGAUGAUAAUAAAAAAAGAACAUUGUCGUCGUCAUCAGCAUCAGUUGAUGAUAUAAAAAAAUCAAUUGAAAAUUUAGAACGUUUGAUUUCAUCAUUUAAUGAUUAUCAUGAUUUAAUAAAUAAACUUGGUAAAACUUCUAAAGAUAUUAAUAAAUCUUUAAAAUGUUAUGCUGGUGGUUGUAAAGGAAUGGAUAUUAAUCAUGUUACAAGUAUUCAAGCAACUGCUCAAUUUUAUGAAAGUAAUGCCGAAGUUCAAUUAAAAUUGAAAGAAGAACGAAUUUAUAAUGAAUUGAUACUUGAUUUGGAUAACCAAGUUAAGAAAACUGCUCGGGCACGUACCGAAUACUCUGAAAAUGUAAAAAAACGGGAAAAAAAUGCGCAUUCAUUUAUAACACAAGUAAUUCAUCGAUCUAUGGAAGCAAUUUUCAAUUCGUUUAACGAUUCAAUAAAAAAAUGUGGACAAAAUCUAACGAAAAAUUCCUCAUCUUCCUCGUCAAGCCUGACAUCGUCACAAAACAAACAAACUUCAAAUGAUUUUCUUGAGUUUUUAGAUAAUGAUGAGCAACAACAACAGGCGUCGCUAACCAUUUCAACAAUUUUAUCUACUUCACCACCCAAUUCACUACUCAUUUCAUCACCCAACUCACCACCCAUUUCAUCGCCAUCUUCUUCACGAGCGCCAAUCGAUAUACCGGUUAAACGUAGAGUCUCAACUUAUAAACCAUCGCACCAAGUGACGGCUUCGAUCGCAUCAAUGGUUGAACUACAAAAGGCAGCAAUGGAUUAUAUAUCACCAAAAUCAAAUAAUCAUUAUAAUUAUAACAAUAAGAAUAAUGGUAAUAUUGGUGGCAAUAGUAAAUACAAAACUAUUGAAAUCAAUGAUGACGAAGAUAAAAUAGAAGUCGAAAAUGCAGGUGUGAAGAAGAAUACAAAGAAAGAAAAUAAAAAGGAGGAAAAUACAAUAGAAGUUACAAUCGCUAACAAUAUUAGCAAUAAUACUAAUAAUGAUAUUAGUAACAAUAGAAAUGAUUUCAGUAAUAGAAGAAGUAAUAGCGGUGGUGGCAUUUCAAUAUCUCAAAAUAACAUUGGGACAAAUUCAUAUUACCAUCGCAUGUCAUUGACUUCUAAUGAUUCAUCAUCAUCUACCGCUACCAUUAAUUCUAAUUUGUUGUUGACAAGGGUUUCAAUUGUAAAUCAAACCGAUAAAAACGGUGAAGAUAGUUCUAAUAUGGAGGAAGUUAACGCGAAGAAUCAAAAUCAAGAUAAUGUUAAAGAUGAUGGUAAUUCUUCAAAUGUCGAAAAUAGUAAGAAUGUAGAAAGUUCGUUAAGACCAAUGCCAAGUUAUGAAACUCAAUUAUUGGUAAACUCGUUCCCGAUUGAUUUGCCUGUACAUCGGCGGCUAAUUCGUUAUCAACAACAACAUCAUAAAAGCAAUACAACUCCUAUAUCUAAUAAAUGUGGAUCUUCGGUUGCUUAUAUGAAAGAAAAAUUAUUAUCAUCUAUGAAUAAUAGUAGCAGCGGCGGUUAUGUUAAUCAAGUUAAAUCAAAAUUUGAUGACGCGAUUUCAAAUAAUUCAAAUUCCAAUAGUAAUGAUGGUAAUAGCAGUGGUGGUGGAGAUGAUGACACAAUCAAAUUUCUAAAAAAAAAUUGUAAUUGUCACAAUUGUCAACAAAUUUCUGCAGUAAUUAAUUCAAGCAUGAAAGAAGAUUAA